AUGUCACAGAACAGUAGUUCUUUUCCUAUAUAUAGCCCUUUACAGUUUCGCUCGAUCGACGAAUCCAGGCCGCUAAAAGUCAUCUAUAUUGGUGCAGGUGUUUCUGGUAUCGAUGCGGCCAUCCAAUUUCCAAAGUUUGUCCCUCAGCUUGACCUCGUGAUCUACGAAAAGAAUGCGGAUGUCGGAGGCACCUGGCUUGAAAACCGGUAUCCCGGCUGCGCCUGUGAUGUCCCGGCCCAUUCUUAUCAACUAAGCUUUGAGUCUUCAACAACAUGGAGCCAUUUUUACGCAGGAGCUCCAGAGAUCUUGAAGUACUGGCAACGUGUUGCCGAGAAGUAUGAGGUCAAACGUUUCAUGCGUUUCGGACACAAGUGUAUUGGGGCGACUUGGUCCGAGCCGGCUUGCAAGUGGCAUGUGAAGAUCCAACGACUGCACGAUGGCACAGUGUCUGAGGACACCGCGGACGUCUUCAUGACUGGUGUUGGCGCUUUGAAUAAUUGGCGUUGGCCUGACAUCAAGGGUUUAAAGAAUUUCCAAGGCAAGCUCAUGCACAGCGCAGAAUGGGAUACAGAUUAUGACAUUAAGGACAAAACGGUCGCGGUUAUUGGCGGUGGCAGCUCCGGUAUCCAGAUAGUCCCGGCCCAGCAGCCCACGGUACGGUCGAUGGAUCACUACGUCCGUGGCCGCACCUGGAUUGCUACCACAUUUGGUGCCAAUGUUGUACAACAGCGGAAUGCCGGCCGUGACGGCAAUUUCUCUUACAGUGAUGAGGAGAAACACGAAUGGAACGAAGAUCGCGAGUCAUACGUGAAGUACCGAAAGGAACUUGAGGUUGAAAUGCAAGGGACUUAUGCGAAAAGGCCCGAGAUCAUGCAACAUUUGGUGCCAGACUUUCCGCCACUAUGCAAGCGUUUGACACCGGGCCCCGGCUAUCUCGAGGCUUUGACAGCUGACAACGUCAAUGUGAUCCCUGCGAAGAUCUCUCACAUCGAUGAAACCGGAAUUACAACCAUCGAUGGCAAACACCGUGCCGUGGACGUAAUAGUCUGUGCCACAGGGUUCGACGUGUCAUACCAGGGACGCUUCCCCAUCAUCGGUCGCAACGGAGUAGACCUCCAGCAGCGCUAUCGCGGUCGUCCAGAGUCAUAUCUUGGCCUUUGUGUGGACAAUUUUCCGAAUUUCUUUCAGUCACUAGGCCCAAACUCUGGCCUAGGUAACGGCAACCUUCUCGUCGUCAUCGAAGCUAUCCACCUCUACAUUGGUCAGAUCUUAGAAAGACUGUCGGCUGGCCAUAUCCGCUCCCUGGAACCGAAACAGAACGAAGUCAAGAACUUUACCGAAUAUUGUGAUGCUUAUUUCAAGCGCACAGUUUUUAGUGAUGAGUGUUCAAGCUGCCUGGAAAAUAAGGGGCAGGCAAGAGUGACAGUCUUAUGGCCUGGAAGCAGUCUACACGCUAUUAAAGCAUUAAAGAAAGUGAGGUGGGAGGAUUUCGAAGUUCAGUAUCGAGACGCGAAUAGGUUCGGGCGGUUCGGAGAUGGGCGGACAGUUGCUGAACGAAGUCGAGAUCUGGAAGGGCUAACAUGGUAUUUGAACAACACCAAAUUCUUACAUGAGAGCUACGGAGACACAGCGAAGGCUUAUGGGAUAUAA